GCAAAACAAAACCAAAAGGAAAGGGAAAAGCUGGAGAAGAAGAGUAACGUGGGAUGAGGACGACAGCGCACUGCUGGUGAUCCAGAGAGAGUUAGUUAACAAGUGUUGAGCAAUCGUGUGUCCAGAAAGGAAAGGCCUGUGGUGUGAGUGCACGUGCCUGUUCGGAAUGGGGAAGUGAAGGGCUUCCAAUGCUAUGGCGGCUGGCUUUGCAGCUGAGAGAGAAAAGGAGAAGAAGGUGAGCCUUAAGCGGCUGGCUGUGAAGUGACGAUGAAGGAAGACUCGGACGGGGAUAGCGGAAGCAAUGAUGUCCCCACAUCCAGAGCUGCGGACAGUACUGUUUCCAACGGAAAAGUUAACGGGCCAAUCUCGGUGGUCGCAAGCCAGCCGCGGAGGUUGCUUUCAGACAGACCACCCGCAAUGGGUGUUGCUCUCGCCUCCUUGGGAGCAGAUGGCCAUGUGGCCAGCAGUGGCUUGGCCUGUACCACCAUGGCAGAACAUGGAAGCAUACCUAUUGGUGGUACUACUCUGGCAAAUGCUUUAUUAGGGAUUACUAUGGAUGUAAGCCGAGGUUCAAACGGCAGUUCUAGUAACAAUGGUGAUUCCAUCAUGGGGGGAAUCCACUCUACCAACUCUGCUAGCAUAGGGAAAGGCUUAAAGGGUGACAGUAACGGCCAGAACAGGGGAAAAGAAUUUGAGUGCAAUAUCUGCCAUCGCAAAUUUGGUUAUAAGCAUGUCCUUCAGAACCAUGAACGUACGCAUACGGGAGAAAAGCCAUUUGAGUGUAAAGAAUGCAACAAAAGAUUUACUCGAGACCAUCAUUUGAAGACGCACAUGCGUUUACAUACAGGAGAGAAACCAUACCAUUGUGACCAUUGCGAUAGACAGUUUGUACAGGUUGCCAACCUUCGAAGACAUCUUCGAGUGCAUACGGGUGAGCGUCCGUAUGCUUGUAAAUUGUGUACUUCUCGAUUUUCCGAUAGUAAUCAGCUUAAAGCUCAUCAUCUUAUACAUGAAGGUGUAAAACCAUUCGAAUGCGAAAAAUGCAGCGGACGUUUUAGGAGAAGGCAUCAUUUACUCCACCAUAAAUGUCCAAGAGAUGAGGCGAACAUCGGAAAGCCAAGAAGGGGGCGUCGUCCUAAAGCGUAUGAUCAACUUCCUACUUCUUUGCCCAUGUUAUCACCUGUCCUUCAAGAACGUCUGUCAACUCCUAUCCCAGCUCUUCCUCCUCCACCACCACCCGUAAAAAUGACGUCCGUUAUAACAAGGACUUCUCCUCAGCCACUGCAACAACCUCCUUUAGCUCACAUGCAUCAAGCCAGGAGAAAUCACGUCCAAGUACUGCAGCACCACCUUAGUUUACCUCCGAACACUAACGGUAAAUUUCACCACGAUACCGUACAAAGUGGACCUCUGGACAUGUCAGUAUCAUCAGUGACCAAUAAUUCGGUGUCAGUCAUAGUGCCUCGUUUACCCCAACAGCAUAACAACAACUACCACUCUAACAACUUGCGGAUGGAUGGAGUUCUGGAUUUAUCUAAUUCGAGAAGUGAUUCUGAGGCUGAGCCUAUUGAAGAAGAAGUGGAUGAAGAAGAUGAAGUUUUGGACUCGGAUAGUGACGAGGAUGAAAGAAAAUCUCUAAUGCCCUUGGAAAGAAGACCUGCAUCAUCACCAUCAUCCCAACGAUUUGCAACAUGGAACGAAGCUUACGAAAGUGACAGUGAAAACAGCAACGUUGCCCUCCAGCUCACUACCUAAAAGUAUCAUAUUUCGAAUUCAGUUCCUCAUAAUCAGGGAUUUUUAUGUUGCAUUCUAACAUUUUGUUUUCAUGUUUUUGACAAAAAGCUACCUCAAAAGAAGGUGGGUUUUCUAAGCAACUACCAUGUGUUCCGCCUUUAUACUCUACCUCUUCCUCCUCAACCAGGAUAUGGGUUUGAUAUUGUUGGGUGUAACGCUGGUCCCAACGCACAAAUUGUUUUUCAUAUUUUGUACCUUGGUUCAAAUUAUUGCACAAAGAGCUUUCCAUUCCGUCAAAAGCGGAACACCAGAAAAGUUGUUGGUUUCCAGGCAAGAUUUUUUAAAUGUUUACACAAGUAUGAAGAAAGAACGCUUUUGCAUUUUCGGUGUGAGAUUUUUAAAUUAUUAUUUAUUGAAAGACUUAUGCUUGCUUAAAGGAAGUAAUAUCCUGGUCUAGUGGAAUAAAUUAUUAAAUUAAUUAAUUUGGAUUUUUUUUCUGAAAAAAUAUAUUUAAUUUUUAAAAUACUUUACCCCCUCCCCUCAUAAGUAAUCUCAGGAACCGAUCAUUUUAACUAGAUCCAAAGGCGACCACAUUUGAGUGAUAAAGGAAUCAAAAAUUCUGUAGAAACCGAAAAUUGCACAAAAUUUUGUGUGAAGUCGCUUAUGUUCCUAAUCUAAAUCAAAAGAAUUAUUGGAGACACUUAUAUUGGUAAAUGAGCCCCUCUCAUUUCUGGACUCUAUCGGAAAAUUCGGAUUUCUUUGGGGCGCAUGCCUUUUCUAGUUGAAUGAUCGUUAAUGAAACUAAAGGCGGAGCAUAUGAAUUAGUUGCACAUAAUUCAGAGGAAGCAACCGAGUCCACCUAUCAGAGAGAAUUCUUUAUAUAUUCGAAAAAUAUAGAUAGAGAUAGAUAUAUUUAUAUAUUUAUUUUGUGCAUCAGCUCAUUUCUUGUUGAUGAGUUUGUCCAACUGGGUAUAACGGUAUUAAGGGAAGCUCUCAGGUGAUUGGAGGUAAAAGAAUGAAUCAGCAGUUCCCAACCUGGCCCAAAUCCUUCUUUGGAUUUUAAACUUAUGGUAAGACAUGAGAUUUCUGUAAAGAUGAAUCUUCUGUAGUCCUUUUCAGAAGGAAUUCAAAAUUAAUUUUGUACAAAAUUAAUCAAAUUCUUUAUUUCUAA